UAGAAUUCUCUACUUUUCCAGUUUAUACCGUAUGGCCAACCACAGCCUUCGCUCUGCGGGAUGACCAAUCGGAAAGUCUUGAUGCAACGGAUGGGCGUCACCACUUUUCACCAAUCAGAUUAAACAAUGAGUUUAAACCAUGGGCGCGGGCGGUCCUAGACCGCUUUCGGGGCGGGGCCAAAUGUGGACACGCUUGGAUUUGAAUUCAGGCAGGAGCUAACAAUUUAUAGGAUGUUAGCUGGUGAUAGAAAGACAGCAGAUAUCGUAUCAUUCUUAAUUUAGUUUUCUGACAAAAGCAGCAAAUAAUUUUGCUUGUUUUAGGUGGUGUCGUCACUCAUUAUACGCACUUGUUCCGUGUUGUAUCUCCAUACAUCGGUCUUGAGCCACUUGCAAUGAAAGCGGGCGUUGUCCACUGCCGUUGUUCAAAAUGUUACUCGGUUCCAGUGCGGAAGCGGGUUCGUAAACGCUCGUCGUCCCUAACGCUGCUGUCUCUGCCUGAGGAGAUUCUUCUCUGUGUGCUUCAGUGUCUGUCUGCAGAAGACCUCCUCUCUGUUAGAGCAGUUCAUUCCCAGCUGCGGGAUAUUGUAGACAACCACUCCAGUGUGUGGGCCAGGGUCAGUUUCAGAGACCGAUGGCCAUCCCCCAACACCUUAUGGCUAUUUGAAAAAGCUGCAGAAAAAGGGAAUUUCGAGGCUGCUGUGAAACUUGGGAUUGCUUAUUUAUACAAUGAAGGGCCGUUGCUGAGUGAUGAAGGGCGAGCGGACGUCUGCGGUCAAAAGGCCUCCCACUUCUUUAGCCUGGCGGAAAGCGUGCGCUCCCCCAAAGCCGACCCAUUCACUUGGGUUUUCAUCCGUCCGCCGUGGUCACCCACCGGCAGCUGCUGCAAGGCCGUGGUGUUCGAUCACCUCAAGGCCGAGUGCGAUACUAACAUGGAGAAGAAGGGUCCCUUGUUGCACUGUUUGGCCAGAGUUCUGCUGCUGUUUGAGGAUGAUGGGAGAAGAUCAGAGGCCAUAUCGAUGCUGGAGGAGUCGUCACAGGCUGGCUGUCUACAAAGCUCAUACCUGCUGUGGCUGCACAGUCGUAAAGAUGCUGUGUUGGAUCCAGGAAGGUACCUUCAGAGUGUACGAACCCUCAGGGACUAUGCAGGCAAAGGAUGCUGGGAGGCACAGUUGUCUCUGGCUAGAGUGUGCAGCACCAGGAACCCGCUGGGGUUAGAGUCCAAAGCCUGCUCGGACAUCGUGGCCCAGCUCUUCAGCUCUUCCUCCGUAGCGACACAGCACAGCACUCCGGGCCUCCUGAGAAGAGGCAUUAAGGACACUAUGAGGUAUAUCUUGGUGGACUGGCUUGUGGAGGUCACCACCAUGAAGGACUUCUCCAGCCAGACGCUGCAUGUGACGGUGAGCUGCGUGGACCGUUACCUGGCUCUGCGGUCUGUCCCUAAGGCACGCCUCCAGUUGUUAGGAAUCGCCUGCAUGGUUGUUUGCACACGAUAUAUUAGUAAAGAAAUCUUGACCAUACGAGAAGCUGUUUGGCUCACAGACAACACCUACAAAUAUGAAGACCUGGUCCGAAUGAUGGGAGAGGUUGUGUCUGUGCUGGAAGGAAAGAUCCGGGGGGCCACUCUGCUGGAUUAUGGGGAAGUGCUGCUCUAUCUGCUCCCCCUGGAGAGGCGAACCACUCACCUGUUCAGCUACAUCUGUGAACUCUCGCUGCUCUAUUCCGCUCUCUCCGCACCGCCGCCCGCCAAACUGGCCUGUGCCGCACUUCUGCUUACACGAGCACUACAUCAUUAUGGCCCCGUCUGGCCGACGCUAUUAGCCGACUACACGGGAUUUUCCAAGCAGGACCUCAUCCCCCUUUCUGUGCUGCUUUAUGUCAAGUGUUUCAGUGAAGACGUUCCAAGAGAUUACAGACACGUGUCUCUCACUGGAGUGAAGCAGCGAUUUGAGGAUGAGGCUUUCCACCAGAUCAGCAAGGAAAAGGUGAUGGAUUUCAAAGAGCUCUGUCAAAUAUUGGAGAUUCCUGAAGUGGAGCCUGAGAUGGAGCCUCCCAGUCCCACCAGUGGUCAACCAGCAGACAUCCACACCUUCCUGGCCUCUCCAUCCAGCACUAACAAGAGGAGACGGGAUGACUGCAUGCGGGCCAGCAGAGGCAGCCUGGUAGGCACACCAACAGCGGAGCUGUCCAAUCAGGAGGAGAUGCUACUGGGGGACAUACUGGACUGGAGUCUGGAGUCUUCGUGCUCUGGUUAUGAGGGUGACCAAGAGGAAGAAAGUGAGAUGGAAAAAGAUUCUGACACUUCUAUGAUCUCAAUCAACCUGCAUCCGCUGGGUAAUGAAGAAAACCGUCUAGAGCAUUGCAGAGCUCUGUCCAGCGAUGAAGACAGUAUUUGUGAAGCAGAAAGUGAGGUAAACAAUAUCUGUCAAGGACACAACUCCACCUCCUUAUCUCCAGACCUUCACAGUUCAGGAUACUCGUCCGUCCAGAGUGUGAGCCCAUCGUCCUCCUCCAUUAUGCCAUCCCCAGUCAAGACAUUUACGGGCUCGCUGGGUGUGGCCUCUGCUAACGCCCAUCCGGGAUUCCGCCUCCUGGUGCCCAUGCAGAGGCACCGGGGCACCUCCAGCAAACAAGUGAAGAGAAAAAAUGCUGCAGCUCAUAGUGGAAGUGAGAUGGAAAAAUAAGAGGAGUAUCAUACCGAUGCAGGGGUUCUGAGCCUGUAAAUAUUUGGUUUAUUGAGCUCAGGUUGAUCCAUUCCAGUCCACUGCUCAGCUUUUCACCAAAAGCACUUUUUAAUGGUAUUCUUGAUGAUAUAUCUGGUGCCAAUGAGUCUGCACUGAUCAGGCAGCUGCUUGCAAAUCAAAAGAUUCAGACUGUACAGACAAGGAAUGGGAAGCAAACAUUAAAAAAAUGUUGGUUGAUAAACAAACAGCAUAAAUGACAUGGAAAUUUGUCUUUCCAUAAGGUUACGUUACAGUGACAAGUUUCUUGGCACAGAGAAACAAAAACACUUCCUACAAAAACCACUUUGAAUGUGACUUGACUUUUCUCAGGAGUCUAAAACAAUGGUUGUCACUUGGUUUACAGCUUCUACAACAGCCUAUCUCAGAUUAUGAUUGAUAGUUGGAAAAUAAAAUCCAACCGUAGGGGAAUUUUUUUUCUCCCACUUUGGUUUAUUGUUUGUUGUCCGUUCUUAUUUUUCCUAUUAAAAACCAAGCUGUUGUGUUUUUGUGACUGAGUUUAAGGCAAUUUGCCUGUACAAGAAUUAAUCUUGUAUUUGUCAUGUCUGCAUCAGAAGUCCAUAGAAUAUGAUACUGGUAAAUCCUCUGUGUGUCUCCAUACUUUUUUUUUACCAAAGGUACUGUGGUUUCAUCUGUUUGGAUGUAUAUCUGCACAUAAGAAUAGAAGAAAAACUGAAAUUACUGGUCUUCUUGGAAAAAAAAAACAGUUGUGCUGUCAAACAUUUUCUUUUUUUAAGUUGUGGCAAACUAAUCCCAUCAGGAGCCCUAUUCGUUACGUUUUUCACUAGGCUGUGUUGAUAAUGACAAACUCAUAACUAGAUGGAUGAUUCAUUAGAGGCCUUGUUUUUUUUUGUUUUUUGUCUCCUUCAUACUGCACAGUCAUGAAUAUUCAGUGUUUGAAGCAACACAAAGCUACAAUGCUGAGUUGUACUCUUCCUCACAUCUUGAUCAGGUCCAGCACUUUCAUCGUCAGGAGUGCAAACCCCUUGAAAUGUAAAAGUUCUGAUGCUUGAACAAUCAACACAAAAGUAUUAAAACAGUUUUGCAUUUCUUUUUAU